AUGGCGGGGGUCGCGCCCGCCUCCACGGCCCCUCUCCCCGCCGCGCUCGCCUCCAACCCCGCCGCCGCCGCGCGCUCUCCCCCAUCCUUCCUCCCUCUCCGCGCACGCGGCCUCCGCAGCCCCGUCGUCCUCGCCACCGGGGGGAGUAGAACGUUCCGGGCGGAGGCGAUUAGAACGCAGGUUACGCAGCAGGAGAAGGCGGAGCAGGAGACGGAGGUGUCCGCCGUCGAGGAGUCAUUCCCAGUCAGGGAGGAGGCCAGCCCUCCUCCGGAAGGAUCCGCCGCCGCCGAUGACCCGCUGUCUCCCACCGACGACGACGGCUGGGCCGUCAGGCUCGAGCAGUCCUUCAACAUUUUCCUCACGGACUCUAUCAUCGUGAUACUCGAUGCCCUGUACCGGGACCGCGACUACGCCAGGUUCUUCGUGCUCGAGACCAUCGCCAGGGUGCCAUAUUUCGCGUUCAUAUCGGUGCUUCACCUGUACGAGACCUUCGGCUGGUGGAGACGGGCAGAUUACAUCAAAGUGCACUUCGCCGAAAGCAUGAAUGAGUUCCAUCACCUCUUGAUCAUGGAAGAAUUGGGUGGAAACUCUGUAUGGGUUGACCGCUUUCUUGCGCGGUUUAGUGCCUUUUUCUACUACUUCAUGACUGUUGCCAUGUACAUGCUGAGCCCAAGAAUGGCAUACCACUUUUCUGAAUGUGUCGAGAGGCACGCAUACUCAACUUAUGACAAGUUCCUUAAGCUAAAUGGAGAGGAGUUGAAAAAACUACCAGCUCCUGAAGCAGCUAUAAACUAUUACAUGAAUGAGGAUCUUUACCUAUUUGAUGAGUUUCAAACAUCAAGAGUGCCAUGUUCUAGGAGGCCUAAAGUUGAUAACUUGUAUGAUGUAUUUGUCAAUAUACGAGACGAUGAGGCGGAGCAUUGCAAGACAAUGAAGGCUUGUCAAACGCAUGGAAAUCUCCGUUCUCCUCACUCAGUGCCAAGAAGCAUGGAAACUGACGCAGAAUGCUUAGUACCAGAAAAUGAUUGUGAGGGCAUCAUGGACUGUGUCAAAAAGUCUCUUGCAAGUGAAGAUUGACUGGGUAUACCACCACAUAGAGCAUCGUAGAAUAGUAUACAGAAUUUUGGUGAUAUUGUAUUGUAUUCUGUUUUCCUUUCAUUUUCUCUUCUCUUUCUAUGUAGACAUUAGCCAGACUUUGGUACUUGUGAAUCUUACAUAGUAGAAAUAGGUAUAUAAAUUCAUCUCAGAUUCACAAUGAGAAAUGUGCACCAUGGAUCAGGUAUUGACGCCGGUCACGACCAAUGUAAUCCAAAUGUGUAGUGAUUUGUGUGUAACAUGAAGCUCUUUAUGCUUUUUAUUGGGAAAAGUCUUGAUGUUU